AUGGAGUUCCCACCGAAUGAGAUUGGCACGGAAGAGCCGAUGCAACCUCUGCAUCAGCCAGACCAGAUCAAAGAGGCGAAGCGCUCCUUCGACGAAAUGACCCUGGAGGCCCACCUUGAGCUUCGUGCGGCUGGAUUAGCCACACACGCCGUGCCGUCAGCGGCACUGACGCGCAACCAGCACGGUCCGCGACUGCGAUCAUCACAGUGUCGUUACCGGAAUGGCACUCUCUGCUGCCGCGUUCCUUUCUUCCCCUCUCUCAGCUCCCCCAUCAAGUCGAUCACAGCAACGAGGAUGAACACGACGGCAAACGACAUGGGCAGUACCGCCGCAGGUGCAGUUGGCUGGGACCAGUACCCUUCCGCGCCUGCUGAAGUUGCCUUCAACACCGACAAUCCGAUACAGCCAGACAUCGUCGCUAUGGACGAGGACAACGAGGCGCGCUCGGACCAAGUAGCGCUCGUCGAUAAGGACGGUUUCGAAGUCUGGUGCUCCAGGGCUAAGGUGCUCGAGCAAUCUGGUCAGCUCUUCGAGAUGAUCUUGGGAGGCCGCAUUCAUCUUCCCGUGUCCUCCAGCGAGGCCUUCUUGCUCGCCAGGGGUAUCGACGCGCGCAUUUCGGGUUGGGACUGCUACUCUCUCGAGCAGCUUAUGCAAGCCGUCAACCUCUUCUCCCACUACGAACUCCGCCAGUGGGAGCGCAGCGGCUUGGAGACCGCCAUCAUCGACCGUCUCGAGCGACCGGACGAAGAAGCAGGCCCAUCCCCCAAGCUCCGCGACCGACGUUUCGCCGACAGGCUGGUGUACACUGCACAGCAGGGCAGCAUGUAUCGACUUUGGAGCUUUAUCGACAAGCAGGGACUCUGUAGUGCAGUUCAUUAUGAUCCGGGAGACGACAGGCCCAGGAAGCGCCGAAAAGUCUCGACUGAGUGGGUUUAUCAGUGCAUUGAGUGUUCAUGA